CCUCUCUUUUAUCCCCUCUUCCUUCAUGGACUCAUGAAGUUCACUUCUAGUUCCUCCGCCGCGACUCCUCGUGGUCGGCCACCACUAGGCCCCGCCCCCCGCUCCGAUCCGCCACGAGACAACAGGGGUUCGCUUCCAAUGCGGCUCCCCUUCCGCUUUCUUGGGCUCGAAUCGGGUUUCCACGAGCUCACUCCCUUAGCUUUCUAGGGAUUUUGCUAGGGUUCUUCCGUUCAAGUCUGAAACUUUUUUUUUGUCUUUCUUAGUUUCUUUGUGGUUUUCCCCCACGAAAUUGGUGUUUUUCUAGGCUUGUUGCGUGGGGAAUCGGGGUAAAAAGCUGCGUUUUUUUGUGCGGUUUCAAGGUGCGACCUUUUCUUUGUUCUUCAGUUCUUGAUGGGUUUAGUUUAGGGUUCAUGCUCUGUUUUGAGAGCCCUCAGAUUUCGUCGGAUUUGAUCUGGUAGCUUCACUCUCUUGCUCCAAGGAACCAAAUCGAAAUCCUAGAGCACCCAGAAUCCGUGAAUUUUGUUGGCCAGCCUCUUGCUGGAUAGAACCCAGAAUCAUCAACUGAUCUAAUUUUUGUCACUUUACACCGGUUUCUUGGCCUCCAGUAGCUCCAAAUUUGACCAACUCCUUGCUUUUGGCUUCAUCCCCCAACUACAUAAUUAUGGCCACCACUUCCUCAGAGCCGCCCAUGGUGGAGCAGGUGAUUACCGAGUUCUUCGCCAAGAGCCUCCACAUCAUCCUGGAGUCACGCUCGCCAUACGAAUCAUCACGCAGCUUCACGCGGCCUUCGCCGCCGUCUUCACCUCUGUCUGGCAGCCAGCCACGUGACCGGUGGUUCAACCUCGCGCUCAGGGACUGUCCAGCCGCACUUGAGAACUUCGACCUGUGGAGGCAGAGCAAUCUUGAGCCAUUGGUUAUUGAUAUUGUGAUGAUGCACCGUGAAAGUACCAACACCACCAGUACUGGGGGUGGCAAGAUCAUAGAGAGGUGGAUUAUACAGUAUGAAACCAGCAAGUCUGGAAGUGGCAGCAAGAGCCACAGCAGGAAGUCUAGGCACAGCUCGGCUGAGGAUCACAGCUUGUACAGGAGUGCAUACAAGGGCUCAACAGUGUUAUUCCGGUCGCUGCAUCUGGUUGUCAGGCUCUUGCCAGCCUACAAUCUCUUCAGGGAGCUGAAUUCAUCUGGGAGAAUCCGUCCACUGAACCUGUCUCACAAGAUAUCAUCAUUUGUCGAGCCCUUCACUCGGGCAGAGGAUGCUGAGAUGAGGCACUACACAUUUGCUCCAAUUGAGACUCUGUUUGGCUGCCUGAGCUUGUCAGUUUCUUAUGUGCCAGUGCUGGAGGUUGUGGCUGCACCUGAGCGAACCACACCCAUGCCAACCGAGCUUAUAAUGGAUUACGUUGGGAGUCCCACGACAGACUUCCUCAGGAAUUUCAGUUCACUGCCUUCCGAUGGCAUUGUACCUCCUUCUGCUGCAAUGGCCAGACGCCACAGUUGGAGCAUCGAGCAUGGAGCUAGACCAUCAGCAUCGCCAUCUCCUGCUUCCAUGAAUUCAGAACCAGGUGGAUGCCUACAGCCACAUGCGCUUUUGCAUGAACAUCCUCCACAUAGCACUGGGAAGAAAAAAACUACAGGAUAUGAAGAAUGCUAUCCAUCCCCACCCCUGUCACCAUCACCAUCGCAUUCCCCUCCAGCUACCUACCCGAAAAAUCCUUUGUUCCGAUAUGAGAGUGCUCCUGUAGUUAUUCCCACUGUAAGGGGUGGUGGGGGAGGCAGUGGGCUGCCCCCGUCUCCAUCUUUGAAGGGUAAAAAACACCAGUCAUCUCAAAAUUACCUGACACCAUCUCCUGAUGGUAACUCAAACACAAGGAAUGAUUUGGUCAAAUUUGGUGAAUUUGAGAAUAACAAGGCCCCACAAAAGGUAUUGUCUUUUGGUAAAGAUGAUCUGGGAUAUUUUCAUGGACUGAAGUUGACUCGGACCUCAAGCAAACUUUUUAUCACGGAUGAACUGGAUGAGCGGGAGUUGGCAUUUGCAUGGGAAGAUAGAGAUAUCAUCAUUGAUCAACUUAAUAGUCGGAUGGAUAGUUUGAGCUGUGUGUGGGUGUUACUUAAGUACCUAACCUGGGAGGGAAGCCAUUCAGAGAAGGCAAGAUGGAAGAGGCUGGACAUCGUAAGCAACUGUUGCUCAUUUUGUAUGGAUUUUGGGAAAGAAGCCGUUGUGGUACUCAUCUUGUUCUUAGCUGGGAGCUAACAUGUAAAACUGGGUAGUUUAAACCUAUCCUACCAUAGGUCCGUCCAUUAUGGGCCAACCCCUGUUUUUGUAGAUUCUAGAUUGAUAUUUGUAAAGUUACAUUUGGUGUUUAUAGGGUGGGCAGCUUGGAAUUAGGAUUUAUGUUCCUGUAUGUAAAAUUAUUUGCUUCUAGGGCUGACACCAAUCCAAUAGGUAGGCAACUCAACGUAGAAAUAUCAAGUGUACCCUAAGUUUAACCCUUUGAAAGUGAAAAGAUAAAUAUUUAGGAAAGGAACGUGAGAGGACGUCUAUGGAUAAAAAUGAAGCUUAGUUAAGAAGUACUUGUCUGUUCCCUUGCCCAUAUCCUAUUUGCAGACCAAUACCUAAAUCAAGAGCUCAUAUGGAACAUAGGAGCUAAAUAUCAUUUCUGGCUAGCCAAGUCGUAAUUUCGCUUCAAUUUAUCUUUUUCAUUCGUUUUUUUUAAUUCCCUUGUGAUUUCUUGGGAUGUGAUCGUGAAUGCUAAUGAUUGAAUAUUGUUGGCCACAUUGUAGGUGUGGAAUGAUUUAUCUAGAAAGUUAGUUAGUCUUUGUAGGAUAAACCACUCCCUAUAUUUUGUUUGCUGCUGUAUUAGCUAUUCUUUUUAUCAAAUGAAAGCUAUUCUGCUAAGCAAGAAGGUUCCACAUUAGGUAAUUUAAAUGUUCUGUUAACCUGAUAAUGCUUUGGGGUAAGUCUGUGCAUUCAUCACCUUUUUAUUCAGUGACUACGCACAAAUGAGCGGUUAACGUGUUAAUCAACGAGUAUAUGGGAGCAGGUCCGCAUUAUCGAUAGUUUGGUGCCUCCUUCCCUAGACACUGUGGAUUUACUUCUCUUUCCAUUCUUCAGAUAUUCACAUAUCAUGAUUCAUAUAAGCUGAACUCUCAAA